UGGGUAGCAUCUCGUAUCGACACCCUGCAGUCCCCUGAACGUUGCUACCGGCCGUUCUGUCUUCCGUGUUGACCUGUGCAGCUACGAGAGGUCUCACCUGCCGUCUUGGUUUUGUGCCCCUUCCCAACCCGCGCACUUUCUGCUGCAGCGACGACAUUCACACCAAAAGGCACAAAGAAGCACCGUUAGUCCCAUCCCAGGCGCUAGCAUCCGGGCACUUAGGCGCGUUAGAGCACUAUCUUAGCGUCUCACACACUGUGCGCACACGAAAGGCCUCCCUCUUCGUGCAACUUUCGCCCAAUACAGGUCAGCUUCUGCAACAGCGCGCGCCAGGUUCAGGAUGCCGUCGAGCAAGAUCCCCAGCGAGCCGAAGCUAGCGACGUCCAAGGAGCGCCCUUUUGUCUGUCGGCACUGCCCAAACCGCUUCCUCAGAGCAGAACACCUCAAACGCCAUGAAAGGCUACAUACAGGUCUUCAACCAUACAAAUGCGAGUUUUGCCCAUCUUGCUUCACACGCGGUGACAUGCUGCUGCGGCAUGAGCGCAAGCACCACGCAAAGGACAAACCACCGCAAGUUGCCAAGCCGCGCUCAAAGUCCAGCGGCAGUGCGACACGUCCUGCUUCUGCUUCCGUCGCGCUUGCUGAGAUUCGCGCUGAGCAACAGGCGCUCAACGGCCAGCAUGGACGGCCUGGCGGGCUCGCGGGUCGUUCAAACUCUAUGAGUGUAUAUGAAGGAUCGCACUUACCGUCGUCGCUCAUGGCUGCUUCGCCCGUAGAAGGCGGCCUUAUGACGCAGCAAGACUAUGAAUCUGCAUUACGAUUGACGACGUCGCCUUCAUCAGCUGAGUCACCGGCCUCCGUGGCUGCCUCUGUGCCGGCCAAUAUGGGAACAAACUACACUAAUUUUGCCAUGAACAUCGGUACAAGCAGCGCAUUUGGCUAUGACGAGGAGGGGCACUUCAAUAAUCCACUCAUGACGGCAAGUCCCGGCGCUAUUGCGGGAGAGUCGCUCCUGUCGCAAAAUCAGCAACAGCAUGCCAUGUUCAAUAUGAUGCAGCAGCCUUUUACAACGGAUGACUAUACCCCUUACCAACUCCAACAUCAAAUGAUGCAACAGCAAGACCCCUUGCAAGCACAAACACUGCAUCACCAUGCAAGCAACAGCAGUUUGCACACUGUCGAAUCCACCACAACGGCACCCAGCAAUUUGUAUUUGGCCAAUCCUGCCAUGCAGCUUCAACAGGAUAAUAGAGCUAGUGCGUCAUCGCCUGCAGGCAUGCAAUAUGACAUGCUCAGCUCAAGCUUUCCCACACCGACAUAUUCGCACCUGUCAUCGGGAUUCAUGAUGCCCAGUCAUCCGCUGCGCCAUGUUCAUCACGAACGAGCCAAUUCGAUGAUUGUUGAUGGCGUUGAUAUGCAUCCGAGUCACCUGCUCAUGAAUCAAUAUAAGCAGACUGGCCUCGAUUUUGACGAAGAUGGAGUCAUUGUUGAAGAUGAUGACGAGGAAGGCGAUGACCUGAACACAUUUGCAGGAGUGGGCCUCUCGAGUGGCAGUGCCUUGUUUGCAGGUGUGCCAAAUAUUUUGGACUCUGCAUUCGCCUUCAACAGUGACCUGGCUUACACCGAGUCCAGUAACCCAGAUGUUGACGAAGACGCCAAAUCAAGCGCUAGUGCACCGAAUGGCAACCAUGGCCGACCCGCAUCACAACGCGCCUCAGUCAGUGAUCGUGGUGAAUCACCUUCGAGUUGACUCGUAAGCUCCGUCAAUGAUCUCUCAUCCAGUGCCUCGACGUCAACCGCAGCAGCAGUGGCUAGUCCUGGCAAACGACCGCAUGAAGCCAUACAGCAUGCUGCAAGACCAGCGCUUCACGUGAGAUCAUUUUCGGAGCAACAAACAAACCCAGCGACGCAUUACGCGAAACGUCUUGUACAGCAGCAAUUCAAGCAGCAGCAGCGGAUUGCUCAGUUGGGUAG